UUCCUUCCCCCACACCCACCUUCUCCCCAAAUUCUCACCCUCCUCGUCACCGGUCGUCUCCCAGCAAAUCGCCCGCCGACGUCCCUCGCUCCCUCGCCGCCCCGGACCACCGCAACCGUCGCCGCCAUGAACCCCGAAUAUGACUACCUGUUCAAGCUGCUGCUCAUCGGGGACUCCGGCGUCGGGAAGUCUUGCCUGCUGCUCAGGUUUGCGGAUGAUUCAUAUCUGGAGAGCUAUAUCAGUACUAUUGGUGUUGACUUUAAAAUCCGCACUGUUGAGCAAGAUGGGAAGACAAUCAAGCUGCAAAUCUGGGAUACUGCUGGCCAAGAGCGAUUUAGAACCAUCACAAGCAGCUACUACCGUGGUGCCCAUGGCAUCAUUGUCGUUUAUGAUGUGACUGACCAAGAGAGCUUCAACAACGUCAAGCAGUGGCUAAAUGAAAUCGACAGGUAUGCUAGUGAAAACGUGAACAAGCUUUUGGUGGGGAACAAAUGCGACUUAGCUGAGAGCAGAGUAGUUUCUUACGAGACUGGCAAGGCCCUUGCUGAUGAGAUUGGAAUACCAUUCCUGGAGACAAGUGCCAAGGAUGCAACAAAUGUGGAGAAGGCAUUUAUGACCAUGGCGGCAGAGAUAAAGACAAGGAUGGCAAGCCAGCCUGCUGCAAAUGCUAGCAAGCCUGCGACCGUGACAAUGAAGGGUCAGCCUGUUGCGCAGCAAAAUGGUUGCUGCUCGUCUUGAUCGUCAAGAUCACUGUAGCGGGCUUGCAAAACUCAAUUGGUUGCUCUUCCCCUGUAAAUUAAGUAUACUACUACCGUGUCGUAUGUUGGAAGAAGUGUUAUGCCCCCUUAACUGUAAUGGUGCAGCAGAUGCUGCGGCCUGUUUUAGCUGACUGUUCAUAUUGCUAUGUUCCAAGUGGUGGUUUAUGUUCAACCUCAUUCAAUUAA